AUGUUCUUCAACCCUUUCUCUUCUUAUUGGAUGUUUCAGGUUCUGGUGUUUCUUGAAUUGGAUAUUUCUUGUGCUUUGGGUUAUGGAGUUUCCCUUUCAUAUCGAUUGCAAUUCAAUCUUCAUGUAAAUCUUGUCUCCUGGCUUAUCGGGAGAUCGGCUCCAACGAAGGUUGUGAACUUCUAUAAAACUAUGGCUGCUGAAGGAGCCUCUGAUGCUCUGGGACCUCGUUAUGCUACACCUGAUCCAUCUUUGCCCGAACCUUGGAAGGGUUUAGUUGAUGGGAGCUCAGGUGUCUUAUACUACUGGAAUCCUGAAACUAACAUCACCCAAUAUGAGAAACCUACUGCUGCUUUGCCACCUCCUGUACCCUCUGCAUCUAAACCAGCUUCUAUAUCCACUGCACAACCAAAUGGUGUUCCUGGUCAAGGUCAACAGCCACAUCAAUUAACACAGAACACACAACAAUUUACCCCACAACCAGACCAGCAAGUUGGACCUGCUAUGCAGCAAAUGGGACACCACUUCAGGCCUCAAAUGCAACCUCAACAAGGAAAUAACAUGCCCCAAUCACAUUCACAGGGCUACCCGUUUCCACAUCAACAGAUGCAGUAUGGAGGGUAUCAGCCAAACAUGCCUCCUCAACAGAUGCAGCAGUAUCCUCACCAACAAGACCACAGACCUGCAUUCCCUCAGAGAGAUGAUGGCAACUCACAGACUGGUGCUAUAGCUCCACCUGGCCAGGCUACACAAUAUGGUGGUUCUCAGUUCAGCAUGCAACAACAACAACCUCCGUCUUUCGGUCAACAUGGACCAAAUUUCCAGAAUCAAAUGGGUCAACCUCUGUUACAUGGUCAGCAGCCGAAUGCUCCACCAGUAGGAAUGAAAAUGGGGUUUGAAGAUAAUCCACCUGGAAGAGGAGGUGGGAAUGAUCCCUAUUUUAAUGCUAAAAACGAUGUCCCUAAUCAACCUAAGCUUGCAGCAAUUCCAAUGGCAAGAAUGCAGCCGGAGAUGAAUCCAGCAUCACAUAACAUGUAUGGACAAGCACAAGCUAUGGGUGGUCCACCUUAUAUGAAUAAUCCUAUGAUGAGGCCAAAUCCAUCGGUUAUGGCCUCUCCAGAUGCUAUGAAUCUAUCAUCUGUUGAUGUUUACAGACAGAAACAUGAUAUUACAGCAACGGGUGACAAUGUUCCUGCUCCAUUCAUGUCAUUUGAGUCUGCUGGACUCCCCCCGGAGUUGUUGAGAGAGAUACGUGCUGCUGGUUUUGCUUCUCCAACACCUAUUCAGGCACAGACAUGGCCUAUCGCCCUUCAAAACAGGGACAUAGUGGCAAUUGCAAAGACAGGUUCUGGUAAAACAUUGGGGUACCUGAUUCCGGCAUUCAUGCUGCUCAAACGUUGUCACAACAAUCCUCAGAAUGGACCUACUGUUGUUGUUUUAUCUCCCACAAGGGAACUUGCUACUCAAAUACAAGAUGAAGCCAUCAAGUUUGGCCGAUCCAUUAGGGUAUCUUGCACUUGUCUGUAUGGUGGGGCUCCAAAGGGUCCACAACUGAAGGAAUUGGAACGAGGGGCGGACAUUGUUGUGGCUACUCCUGGUAGACUUAAUGACAUUCUUGAAAUGAGGAAGGUUGAUUUUCGUCAGGUUGCACUUCUUGUGCUUGAUGAGGCUGAUAGGAUGCUUGAUAUGGGUUUUGAACCUCAAAUAAGAAAGAUUGUGAAUGAGAUACCUCCUCGCAGGCAAACUCUCAUGUAUACCGCCACCUGGCCCAAAGAAGUAAGAAAAAUAGCUGGUGAUCUUCUUGUCAAUCCUGUUCAGGUCAACAUUGGCAAUGCAGAUGAGCUUGCUGCAAACAAGUCCAUUACACAGUAUGUUGAAGUGGUUCCUCACAUGGAGAAGCAGAGGCGUGUGGAGCAGAUUCUGAGAUCGGAAGAACGGGGAUCCAAAAUUAUAAUAUUCUGUUCAACAAAGAAGCUAUGUGAUCAGUUGACACGAAGUAUUGGUCGUAAUUUUGGGGCAGCAGCCAUUCAUGGAGACAAGUCUCAGCAGGAGAGAGAUUGGGUUCUCAAUCAGUUUCGUUCAGGAAAGUCUCCAAUUUUAGUUGCUACAGAUGUCGCUGCUCGAGGCCUUGACAUCAAGGACGUAAGGGUGGUGAUUAAUUAUGAUUUUCCGAAUGGUGUUGAGGAUUAUGUCCACAGGAUUGGAAGAACCGGUAGGGCAGGGGCAAAAGGGGUGGCCUACACUUUCUUCUCUGAACAGGACUGGAAACACGCACCCGAUCUUAUAAAGCUUCUAGAAGGUGCCAAUCAGCCUGUACCCAAUGAGGUGCGAGACAUUGCCACACGUGGUGGGCCUGCUUUUGGUAGAGACAGGGCUGCUGGUGGAGGUGGCCGUUGGGAUUCCGGUGGUGGUGGUCGUGGCGGUGGCUUUAGGGGUGGUCGUGUUGACUCUAGAGACGGAGGGUUUGGUGGACGUGGUGGUGGAGGUGAUGGCAGAUUUGGUGGGUUUAGUGGGCGUGGGUUUGGGGGGAGAGGUGGCCAGAGAGAUGAUGGGUUUGGAGGUCGUGGUGGUGGUGGUUUUGGUGGUCGCGGUGGAGGGAGGGAUGGGAACUUUGGCGGGCGUGGUGGUGGUGGUGGUGGUGGUGGUGGUGGUAGGGGCAUUGGAUUUGGUGGAGCGGAUGGUGGUUGGGACAGGAAUGAUAGAUUUGGGGGUAGGGGUGGUGGGCGUGGGAGUGGGAGUGUGAGGGGCCGGUUUGAUAACAGAAGAGAUGGUGAUCGUAGCAGCAGGGGAAGGAGUUACAGCAGGAGUCCUGAUAGGGUCCGAACAUGGAACAGCAGAAGCAGAAGCCGAAGCCGGAGUUACAGUAGGAGUCGGAGUUACAGCCGGAGUCGGAGUCGGAGUCGGAGUCGUAGCUGGUCACGCAGCCGAAGCCGAAGCAGAAGCCGGAGUCCCACACCAGUGAGGCGUGAGAGGCGCCGUGAGUCAAAGUUUGACCAGAAAGAAACCGACCUGCCCCCCGGAGUUGUUGUGCCUGCGGGCAGCCAACAACAAGGUCAAGAGGUAUCAGGGGCAGAGGCCCCCCAAAUACCAUCCCAAGUUGAUCCUGGUUUGGAUCAGAUUGCCCAAGGGUAA